CGCGUGUCUGUGCAAAAGAUGUCCAUACUGACCGCAUCUCUCAGCCCAAUUCGCGGGGCGCAGACAGCACCGCCAAGCGGCAUCGAACUGACUUUCGUCAUCGGCGCUGCGAGGAGCGGUUGCUGCGCCAACAUGGGGAAACAUGGCGAGCCGCGACGCAGCUGGACUCGAAGCGCCCAACACCCGCCCAUUAUCACCGCAUUCUCCCGCCGAACACUCGACUACAUUCCAGUCUCCCUUCACAUUCUUCGGCAUAACAAUCCAGCGACACGCCCGCAUCGAUACCGCCCAGCAUGACCAUCAGCGCCGUCGGAGGCAACGCUUCGUACGACCAUUUGCGCCGCAAGAACAGCAGCAAGUCCUUCCUCGGACGCGGAGACAGCUAUCGAAGGAGCACUCGCGGCAGUGACGGAACCGUAAACACCACGAGCAGCGCACGAACCAACAUCACGGCGCCGCCUGAGUACAGCAAGAAGUUUGUGGUGGUGGGAGAUGGAGGCUGCGGCAAGACGUGUUUGUUGAUCAGCUACAGCCAGGGAUACUUCCCAGAGAAAUACGUGCCCACGGUCUUCGAAAACUACAUCACAACUGUCGAGCACAAGCAAUCAGGGAAAGGUGUCGAACUCGCCCUGUGGGAUACCGCUGGGCAAGAGGAAUACGACCGUUUGCGACCGCUUUCCUACCCGGAGACAGAUCUUCUCUUCGUGUGUUUCGCAAUCGACUGCCCCAAUUCACUCGAGAAUGUGCUCGACAAGUGGUAUCCAGAAGUCCUGCACUUCUGCCCGACAACGCCCAUAAUCCUUUGCGGUCUCAAAUCCGACCUCCGACAUAAGCGCACAUGCAUCGAGCUUCUCAAAACCCAAGGUCUGACACCCGUCACGAAAGAGCAGGGCAAGACUGUUGCACAAAAGAUGGGCGCCUUAUACAUGGAAUGCUCCUCCAAGGAAGCCACUGGCGUACAGGAAAUCUUCGACACCGCCAUCGACAUCGCCGUACGAGGCCAAGAUGAGCUCGCCGACGACCGCACACGUCUGGGCAGCAGAGGGAGCCAAACGCUGCCUGCCAAAAAGAAGAAGCGGAGUAAAUGCUUGAUUCUCUAAACAAGUCCGUCACUUUUCUGUUUCGCAUGCAGGUGCGUUGCGAAUAGAGAUGAUGAUGGACUUGUUCUUGAUUAUUUGCAUUUAUUGACAGCGAGUCUUCCCUUCCUUUUAGCGUAUCAAGAGAACGAACACGAGAGAAUCCAGCCUCGACCUCCACUGCCACCACCACAAAGUCCUCACGAGAGGCUCCCUCAGCGAGUCAAGACGGUCGCUAGAGUACACCAGCAGCCGCCGUUGCAGCUUAUGCCCGAACCUCCGACUCUAAUGCAACAUGUCGGUCAUUUUGGGUUGCUGUUCAGAGGGAUGGGACGCCUCAUUUGGGGAUCACCAAGACGUCGUUAAUCAGGCGUUCUUAUUGUCGUCGUCACAGGGAGGAGGAUGGAAUCAGUGCAUUGAGGAGGAACUACAUACCAGCAGGCAGCAGCAUUGGAGCAUAUUCCCUUUCACAUCUGCUUAUUUUUGGCGCAUGGGAUUGAUUACAUGAAUUGGAUGCGAAGUCUGUGGUAUCGAAGAGAACACGAGGGUCUGGACUCGGGAGGGAAUGGAAGAUUAUAGGUAUGAUGAUUAUGUUUUUGAAUAUCACGAGACGAUUCGAGGGACGUAGUGUCCUCAGAGUCGGGGAACUGUCGCGUCCUCGUGCGGGCAUAUGAGGAAGCGGCGAUCUCUGACUUGGGAAGGAGGGGUGGCGGUUUGGAGUUUUGUGUAGGAAUUAUGAUGAUUCUUGACGAGACG